AUGGGUAAUGCACUCUGCUGUUUGCAAGAUACUUCAGUAACGUCCAGGAACAAGGAAUUAGUGUAUCAUGUGAAACAACAUGCUAAUCAUGAGUACUUAAAUGAGAUAUUUCCCAGAGAAGAUACAUCUACUAAUUUUCUUCCUCAUAUCAGCGAAAGAGAAUUGCCUGAUGAAAUUGGUGAAGAUCCAUCAACCCAACCAAUGGUCAAGCCAAUAUUCAUGGAGCGUAGUCGAAGUGAGAUGAAAUUGAGGGACAAUCGACGUUCUUUCUAUGUAUUGGACUCACAACAUAUGACUGCUGUCAUUUCGCCGUUAAAGAAAUCUAAUAGUUGUUCAACAAUAUUUCUUGAUGAUUCAACAAUUUCACAGCCAAAUUUGAAAAAUACAAUAAAGUGCAUUUCAUUAGCUAUUUAUUAUCAUAUAAUAAAUCGGAAAAAUCGUGCUCAUGAGAGACUUAUGGAAAUUUUCGAAGAACGUUUACAUCCAAUAUCGAGAGAUCCAAUUUCCAUCGAAGUGAUAUCAAGGGAUCCAGAUCAUCGACAGAUAUAUCGUUUUAUUAGAACCCUUUUUCAUGCUGCUCAGUUAACGGCAGAAUGCGCAAUUAUCACUUUAGUAUAUAUAGAACGGUUGCUAAAUUAUGCUGAGAUGGAUUUAUGUCCAUCAAAUUGGCGACGAGUGGUGUUGGGGGCCAUCAUGCUAGCGUCAAAAGUGUGGGAUGACCAAGCAGUUUGGAACGUUGAUUAUUGUCAAAUUUUGAAAGAUACAAAUGUUGAUGAUAUGAAUGAACUAGAAAGGCAGUUUUUAGAAUGUCUCGAAUUCAACAUCAACGUUCCCAGUUCUGUUUACGCCAAAUAUUAUUACGAAUUAAGAACUUUAGCUAUAGCUAACGAUUUACAGUUACCACUACAACCACUGUAUAAAGAAAGAGCAAGGAAGUUGGAGGCAUUGAGUCGGAUUUAUGAAGACAAACUACAGCCAGAUUUACGCAUCACACACCGAAAAAGUUUUUCAGCUGAAAAAUUGCUAAUCAAAGAAUCUCAUAUUCCUGUCGUUAUUUCGUGA